AUGAAUGACGAUGCAUCUAGCCUUAAAGAUGUUGUCAUUGUGAAAGACCUUCAAUAUAGUGCUCUGAUUAACAGUCACAAACAAGACAUAUUAAUCACUACAAAAUUUAAGACUGAUUUUGCUAAGGCUAGCUCUACUGAUGAAUUGAAAUAUUCCAUAAACUACGCUGUAGUUAGCAGGAGCAUUAAAGAUUAUGAAGAGGAACACGAGGAACAAAACUACCCUUCAAUCGCAUCUCUUGGAAACAAGUUAGUGACAGAUGUAGCCUUUAAGCAGAAUUGUGCCCAUGUGACAAUGAUACUUAAGUCUAAAGAAAGCAAUCAUAACGUAUCCAUUAUAUUGAACAGAAUGGUAAAUCAGGAAGGGAAGAUUGUGAAUGCGGGAACUGACCAGUGCUUGCUUGAAGAUCUCUCGCUCUCAACCAUUAUUGGGAUUUUCACAUUUGAGAGAUUUCAAAAGCAGCCUGUUAUUCUAAAAGUUGACUUUGACAUAAAUUUACUGAAUGAAGAUCCUCCAGUUUCACUGUUAGGAGCAGCAGUUACUAAGUAUAUUGAGAAUUCAAACUUUAAAACUGUGGAAGCGUUAGUAUUAAAUGUCAACAAGUUGGCAUUUAAGCUGAUACCCUCAAUUAUUGAUUGUAAAGUUCAGGUUUUGAAAACAGAUAUAAUUGAUUACUGCGAUGUUGGUGUUAGUUCUACGAGGUCAAAGAACACAAUCGGUGAUUUGGACACCGGUAUAGUUCAAUUUGACAGUAAAGAUAUUACCACUGAGCAAUUUGUCAUCCCAACCUUGAACGUUGAGACUAAGCAAGAACGUGAAGGCGAAGGUAAAGAUCAUACGGUCUUCCUUGCUUUUGGAUCAAACCAAGGACACCAAUUACACAAUAUUUUACAAGCUAUAGAGGAGCUUAAUCUUCAUGAGCAUAUCGAAGUCCUGCAAUCUUCCUCACUAUACAAGUCAAAGCCGAUGUAUUAUUUGGACCAACCAGAUUUUGUCAAUGGCUGUUUAAAGAUUUCAACAACCUUGUCUCCACAUCAGUUGUUGAAAGUGCUAAAGAACAUCGAAUACUCAUCUUUGAAAAGAGUAAAGGAAUUUGAUAAUGGACCUCGGACAAUUGAUCUAGAUAUUAUUCUUUAUGACUCGUUGAUUGUUAAUGAUCCUGAUCUAAACAUCCCUCAUAUCAGAAUGAUUGAACGCUCAUUUGUACUUGUCCCCCUUUGUGAAUUGUUACCUCCAGACUUUAUUCAUCCGGUGACAGCUGAACCAAUCUAUGACCAUCUACAACAGUUGAUGCAACAACAGCCAGCCAGUGAUAUCCAAGAAUCUACUGAUUUGGUUUCCCUGAUUCCACUUCCGACUAGAUUUCCGAUGUUAGAUGAAGAAACAAACAAAUCUCUGAAAUUUAGAUACUUGGAGUACGACCUUGUACAUCGCAAGACAGUUACUCAGUUAAUGGCUAUAUUAAACAUUACCCCUGAUUCAUUCAGUGAUGGUUCGGAUUCUAACUUGGAACUAGCUGCGACCAUGAGAAAAGUCGAUGAAAUGGUAGCAAAUGCAGUGGAUAUAAUAGAUGUUGGAGGCUGCUCCACCAGACCUGGGUCUGAGCAGCCUUCUUUAGAUGUUGAGUUGCAACGUGUUCUACCCGUUGUUAAAGAGAUCAAGAAAACAUAUGGUGAGUCAGUCAUUGUUAGUGUUGACACCUACCGCUCUGAGGUUGCUGAGGAGGCAAUCAAGUUAGGUGCAGACAUCAUCAAUGAUAUCAGUGCUGGAAAGUUUGAUGACAAAAUGUAUGACGUUGUAGCAAAAUACAAUGUCCCAUAUAUCAUCAAUCAUACUCGUGGUAAUAUCGAAACAAUGAAAAAAUUGGUCAAUUACUCACAAACUACUGAUGGCGAACUAACUUUAUACAAUAAAAGAAAAACCAGUGAAGAUAUCAUAGUCACCGAAGUUGCCAAGGAAUUAUCGGAGCUUAUAAGUAAGAUGUACUCAAAAGGGAUCCGUAGAUGGCAACUUAUUUUAGAUCCGGGUUUAGGGUUUGCAAAAAACGUCAAUGAAAACCUAAGUGUGAUCAGGGGUUUGCCAUUUUUCAAGAAAUACAAACAGUUCAACACGAAAACUAAAGAGUACAUAUGUUUUGAUUAUAUUCCUGUCCUCCUUGGACCUUCUAGGAAAAAAUUCAUCGGUACAAUUACGGGCAAGGAAACUGCUGCGGAAAGAAUCAAUGGUACAAGUGCCUCCAUCACUGCUGGAAUUGGAUUUGGGUCAGAUAUUGUCCGUGUCCAUGAUUUUAAGGAGAUGAAAGAUGUUUGCUUAAUGGGUGACGCAAUUUACAAAAAUCUUCAUUGA